GAGAGACAGAUAGAGAGAGAGAGAGAACGAGGUGCACAGGGUGAAUUCUGUGUGGACGAAAAGAGGAAGAAACAGGGCCCUUUUCUCCCUAGAUUCACCUGUGUAAGGGAAUUAACAAACAGGCGAAACAGAGGAUAAGGAUCAACCUUGUCAUACCCCGAUUUAACGCACCACAAUAUCUGCUUUUGUUUUCUACCUCAAUCGCAAGAAUCUCUCUCUCUCUCUCUCUAUCUCUCUCUCUCUCUCUACUUUAAUCUCUGUUUAACACCACUGUGCCAACCCUCUGGGGAGCUCAGCCUGACUCUGGAUAAGAAGGAGUGUAUAAAAUCAUCCCAAAUACCUGUCCUGCAGGAGAAAGACACAUCUUUAAACGUUCCAUCACUUCUUCCUCCAUAAUCUCAUCAUUAUGACCUUGUUGGCAUCUGAGAGGUCAUUGCUCAUCCGAAAUAAGUUCCGCUCAGUUCUACAGUUGAGAAUACAGAACCGCAGACAGCAAAAUGAACUUAAUAGAGAGUCUGGCACAAAGACCCCUGUCCCUGAUAAAACUGGAGAGAAAGAAGUCAGCAAUGGCUUGCAUCAGACAGAGGAUGGCUCCACUCAGAAGUCGCCCCCUAGUGGUCUGACUGCUCAAACUGCACCAGACAGGGGUUAUGGUGGUGCUCACAGGCAGAAGAAGGCUCGUCUGGCUGAGGAUCUGCAUGAGAAAAUCCAGAGAGGGCCUGGACCACUUGAUCUCCUGCAAAGGAAUAUCCUGCCUCUUGAGAACACUCCUUCAUUGCCAUCAGAUGUCUUUGAAGAUAACAACUCUUCCUCCUCUGCAUCUCCCGAGCAACUCGGGAAGCACCAAUCUCCUGGCUUCUCGUCAUCACCUGGGCUAGGCGGUGACCAAUCGCUGAGUGAUGCGUCACCUUUUGCUCCGCCCAUCAGCCCAAACAGUGUACAGCAGGGCAGAUUGGCGUUGCUCCCGGCAACCGAGUGCAUCAGCCAGCCAAUGACCAUGCCAGUAACAGGGUCAAACACUAUAUCAACGACUGGGAGACCCAAAGGGAUGUAUAUUCCCUCCCAGACACCUCCACUGCUGCCAAAGACAGCACAGCCUCCAGCUCCACCUUCUCAUUCCAUUCUGGUUGGGUCCUUAGCCUCAUCCCGCCCUCCACGGCCACGAAAGCCUCGCGACUCUAAACCCAAAAUGAGGAAGCUGAAAUACCAUCAGUACAUUCCCCCAGAUCAAAGGGCUGGGACUGGAAGCGGAGGUGGCAACACUUCACAAAAGAAUAACAACAGCCAGACUCUGCCCAUUGAUUCCUCCUACUCCCACCUCUUGCAGCAACAGCAGGUGUUUUUACAACUACAGAUUCUUAACCAACAACAACAGCUCACUGUGCCAAACAGUGAAAACCAGUUGAAUAUUUCCGGAACCACACCUCAAAGCUCCCCUCAGUCUGGAACACCAUCAACAUAUCCCUCCACGCCUGAUACGAGUCCCAGCCACCAGGCAGAGUUACUUCCUUCAAACCUAGAUGACCUAACAGUGUCAGUGCUUCGUCAGCAGUUGCGGAAACGUGGACUCCCUGUUUCUGGCACUAAGCCUGCACUGCUGGAGAGACUUCGUCCUUUCCAGAUGCCUCGUCCCCCGGUAACCCUCGCUCCACUUUGCCAGCUUGGGGCCACAUUAGAACCCUCUCACCCUGCUGGCCUCAACCAAAUCCCCACCAGUGAAGAUGCCACCACCAACCCGGCUCAGAUGUACAUUCAUACCCCGGGAUUAGCAGAGCAGAGCUUGGCUGGUGAUGGUUACCUCACAUCUCCUUCUGCUGGCUCCAGCCCCAGCAUACAUACACCCUCCCCUCCAAUGCCCUCUGGUGCCAUAUGGAGACCAGGCCAGGCAGCAGAUGAGCUUAAUGUGGAGCUGGAAAUGAAAGAGAGGGUGAGGAGCAGACCUAGAGAAGGAGUAAAAGACACUCAGAUUUGUGGAGGUUCCCUUAAUCCGUUCCUGCAACAGGACCCAGGAUGCUCCAGAAGGAAACUGGACACAGAUCGUCAGGAAGUGCUCUUUACAUACUGCAUUGGUGAUGGGAAAGUGAACUGUUGUCAGCUUUGCGAUGUGAUUGGCCAAGAUUUUGAUUUGCCCAUGCAAAUCACAGCCAGUCCAACACAAGCCUCACCUGCUGUCCGCAGUUUAGAGGAGGAGUUACAGGAGGCUAUUCAAAGAGUGCAGAUGGACCCGAUUCAAUCCAUAGAUGACAUUCUGGAUGAGACUAUUGGUUGUUCAGACCUCCAACAAUCAGCCACUACUGUCCUGUCAGGCUCCUCCCCUGCCUCACAGCCCGACCAAUCACAGUCUUCCAAGCGUCAAAAAGAUGACAACUUCCUUUCCUCUCCUCUGUGCUCUUCGCUUCUUUUGGAGCUCCCUUCAUCGCCUAACAACGCUCCGCCCCUUGGUUCUACCCCAGCUCAGCUUCCCCCUCCCCCUAUCUGCACCACUCCACCAUCUAGCUCGCUGUCCAGGAAAAGAAGGUCAGAGGUUCCUGCUUUUGACCCUGCUGACUGGCUUGAGUCCUUGACCUCUGGCCUACACACACUCACACCUCCUGCUGCCCCAUUUCUAGAGAGUGACUUUGGCCUUGACUCAGACCUGAAUGUCAACAGAGUCCUCGACCUGAUGGUGGAGCAAUGGCCAGCACAUGCUACACCACCCACCUCCUGGGUGUCUGACGUCCUUCAUGAACAUCGGACUGACCUCAGGGCAGCUGAGAGGAGAUGGCGGAAA